AUGAAAAUACAAGACAAGCUAGAGCAGAUAGCGUCCGGGUUCGACUGGUCGGCGUCGGACGAUGAGGCGAGCUCUCUGGGACGGCAGGAUGUCGAGUACCUGAAUCGCCAGUUUUUGAGGCGAAAAAACUCGCCAGAGCUUGUGGAUAAUGAGUCUGACGAGGAGUGGGUAGAUGAGGACGAAGAUUCGUAUGAUGAGUCUCUUGACGAGACCAUUGUUGAAUCCAGCGACGAAGAAAAAAUACAGGAGCCAGAUGUGGAACCUCCUGCAUUCUUGAAAUCCAAGACCAUCGUGUACAUCAUCAAGACGUUCCCUGUGCUAGUAGUGAUAUUAUUCUUGAUGGUGAUUGCGCGUUUGGCAUCUGCUGGAAGCUACUACGAAAACACAGUGGAUCUGGGGCUUGUGCAUCACAAGUUUAGAGGUUUUGAAAAGAAACUUGGUGAGAUUGGCGAAAAACUGGAGCAGCUUUCAAAUACGAACAAUAACAAUGAUAGGCACAAAAUAGAGCAAAUCGAAGAGCAAAUACAGCAAUUGCAGAAACACGAGGACUUCUCACAUCGCGAAAUUAAGCAGUCGGUGCAGAAUAUAGUCAUUGAGUUUCUCCAAGACUCAUUGGACAAAAAGCUUGAAGAACUAGUAUCCGAUAAGAUGGAACAUUUGGAGUCUGUCAUGGAAGAACGGAUUUCCCAACUUGAGGUCGAAAAGUUGAGAGACGAGAUCUCGCAUGAGGUGCUGGAAAAAGUGGAUGGGCAAAUGUCUUCGGUGAGUUCUCAGAUCCAAGCUCUUCAAUCAGCAGGCUAUUCUGAGCAGGAGAUAGAGACUACGCUGUCACGACUGGUCCAACAUGAGUUCAACCAGCGCCUCGAGCCUCGUGUUGCCGGUACAUUGAACUACGCAAGUUACGAUCGGGGCGCACGGGUCUUGAAAAAGUACACCACUCUACCGAAAUUGAAACGCGUCCGCACAAAAGUGCUUGACCGUGUCCUUCACGGUUGGCUUGAUUUCGUAAGGCGAACCGUACAGGGCCACAAGCGGACCUUGACGGGUCUGAACAAUGUCGAACUCACGAGCUCGGAAAACUCGCCGGCGAACGUUUUGGUGGACAACUCGCAGUACUGGCAGGCUCUUGCGCAGGACCUUCCAAUCACGUUUGGCGUCCAAUUGAGUGAGCCCAAUUAUCUGCGUCAAGUGGGGCUAUAUUAUCCGCGUGUCUCCUCGCUUACCGAGUGUGCUCCACGCCGCGUUUCGCUUCUGGUGGAGCCGGCCAACUCGAAGCACGCAAAACUGCUACGAAACAAGCUGGCAGUUUACUACAACCAAGAUCUCGUGUUCUCGCAUCUUCGCGGGCUUGCCAAGGUGAGUGAGUUCGAGUUCCAGGCGCGAGGCGGCCAAAGCUACCAAACGUUUCCCUUUUCACGCGAGAUCCUGAUGAUUCUUGACGAGUUCCCGGUGAAGAACGUCGUGCUAGUUGUCGAGGACAACUGGGGCCACAAAGACAUUGUGGUUCUCUACGGGUUGAAAGUAUUUGGGCUGAAUGAGUUUGAGAUGAAAUCAACGAGAUUGACGAGAUCCGACGAAAUAAUAAAUUUGGGCGAAGAUAGUGUAUUUUAG